AUGCCACGCGAUCCAAUUCGACAUGUCGGUGAUCUAGGCAAUAUUGAAACGAAUGCCGGUGGAGGCGCCUACAUUGCACAACGGGAUGAUGUCAUUUCGAUUGGAUUCGAUGUGACUCGAAAUGUUAUCGGUUUACCUAUCAUGAUUCACAAUUUGACUGAUGACGGUGGGCAUACAGGCAAGGGUGAAAGCAACACAACUGGAAAUGCCGGUGCUCGCAUAGCAUGUGGAACAAUACGCCGCGGUUGA